AUGCUGAGCCUUUGCCCUAAGGUCACAGAUGCAUCUCACACCAACCGGAUAGUUCACCAAAACUGCGAGACACGAACAAACGACAAUCCAAGCACUCGUAUACCCGUCACGGACACCAAUGGCGUGACCUUCAGAAAUGUCUACUGCGCCCUGUGCCACGGCCGUCCAACUAACAAACUCGUACCCUGGACGCUGAAUGCAACUUGCGAGAAAUCCGUGAUUAACAGGCUACAGAAUACCAGCCGAGCAACUUACCAGAGGAUUGUGUGGAACAACUGCAGCCACUCCUUCCAGCUUCCCUCGGUCUUGUCAAGCAAUGCCGUCACUCGCAGACCAUGCCUGCCAUCACUCCUACGUGACUGUGGUUCUGACGGUAGUAUGAGCACUCAUAUUGCAGAAGCGUGCCGAAGCUUUACAGCUGUCGUAUGCUCUAAACAGUCACAUUUGCUGUACAGGAACCCGGCAUGCUACGCCAUGUGUGAACUGUCAGAUGGUAGAUACACACUGACCUGCCCAUCCAAGUCUUCCUUCAUAUUUGAGCAAUACGCAGUGGCAAUGCCACAUUCGACGGUUGUAUCACGCUUCCCUAACAUUUUUAAUCGGAGGGAAGAACCAGAUCGUGGGGAAGGACCAGUUCUGACACCUUUAUCAAUUAUCUUCGAUUUUGGCCCAGAUAACAGUGAUGGCCAAGAGGUAGUGUGCGAAGACGGUGAUCUCUACGAUUCUACCACACAGGAAUGUCUUAGUCCAUCUUGUAGGCAAGGGUUUAUCUUCAUGGCUUCUGAAGGCAAAUGUGAACCCAUCAACAGUCUUAUAGUAGAUACUACAUCUGAAAGGUUCCACUGCCUCGACAGACACUACCAAAUGAGGUCCAACUUCUCCUUGCAGGUGACUGUGGAGACUGCGAACAUGACCAGAAGAAACAUCUCAACUUCUCAAAACGAGUCCUCUGUGAGAAUCAUUGAAAGAUCCAUUCAAGACUCUCUGCGCGUGAUGUAUGAAGAACGCCAAGAUGUAACGGCAGGGCUGUAUUUCACAACACCACACCUAAACGCUAGUGCAACGGUUUUCAAGAUUACCUUUCAAAAGCGCGAGGGUAAUGAGAGACUUACAUUCAAUGACACUGGAAAUGAUGACGCUGACUUCUGGCGGAGUCUAGUUGACUCGAUGGUCGAGGACAUUGAAAAAUGGCUCCUUGCAUCGUCAGACACUGGCGGUAGAUCCUGUGGGAUUGAAACUGUACAAAUCGUUCAACAGUGUGGAGGCGACGUUAUGACAGACUUCAGCCAGAUCGAAAACUGCCAAGAGACUCUGUGGCUGCCUUUAGACGAGGAUGCAACCACCACCACCACCGACAACCAAACCAUCUUAAUCUUUGACGAGACAACAGGGUCCUGGUUUAAUGUGUCAAGCUACAGCCUUCGGAUUGGCUUCCAACAGGAAGGAACUCAUCCAAACAGAAGCAGCACCGAGAUCGGUCUUUGCAGGGAAAGUGCCCUCACCUUCACCUGCCCUACAGUGGAGCUACAAGAGUCCCAGUUCUCACCGGUUGAGGAUAUCGACAUAUCAGACAGUCACCCGAACGGAAGCUUGGUAUACAUCGAAACAGGAGAGGUCCUUUCCCCAGACGAGUUUGUCCGAAUGAACGAAGGACGCAUAAAGGUUUGCUCCUCUCUGUUGGCUAACGGGACGGGCCAAUCGCCAUUUUUCAACUUCACCCAUGCCCAGGCUAUACUCAGCACAGUUGGACUCUGCAUUUCGGUCUUUGCUGGAACCAUCACUCUCAUCACCUACGUAACGUUUCCGAGUCUCCACAGCCGCACAAGGAAGGCUAUCAUGGGCAUGGUGGCAUCUCUCAUCGCAGCUCAGCUCCUUCUCCUUACAAGUGGCCGUGCGGCUGCUAAUAAAGAAGCUUGUACAGCUGUCGCAGUUGCUGGACACUUUCUCUGGAUGGCAAGUCUGACUUGGACCAACGUGUUGGCAUUCUUGCUCUGGCACACCUUCGCUGCAAGCAAACCAGCUCCCUCCGGCGGCCAGGUUCCAUUCAUGAGCAAGACCAGCCUCCUGGGUAUUGCUUAUGCUCUUGGGAUCCCUUUGGCAGUGGUGAUCCCGUGCUUAGUUAUCCACUUCUGCUCCUGCACCGAGAUCGGCGUCAUUUACAGCACCAGCCGUGCCUGCUGGGUCACCUCUGGCUUGGUGAACCUUGUGGCGUUCGGCGUCCCGAUGGCUUUGUUCCUGGUCAUCAAUAUCGUACUGUUUGCUCGGACUGUCUGGGCGAUAAGAAGCUCUCAUCGCAGGUCUGAAAAACAGCUUCACAAAAAGCGAGAGAAAAAGCUGAGACGAACCAGGAGGGAACUGAUGAUAUAUAUCAGAAUUGCCAGUCUGAUGGGCUUUACUUGGGUGUUUGGUUUUGUGUCCAGCGCCUUCCCCAAGGUCCAGGCUUUGUCGUACAUCUUCAUCCUCCUCAACUCUCUCCAAGGCCUCUUCAUCUUCCUCUCAUUCACCUUCAACAGUCAAGUCAAGGUGAUGUGGCAGAAGAAACUGUCUCCGGUGGGAUCCUCCAUCUGGAGCAAGACCAGUCUAGCGACGAGCAAGCUGAGCAAGUCCUCAGUGACAGCGUCGAGCGUGAGUGCUGGUGUCGCAGCCAGCGAGUCAAUGGAAAUGAGUUCGAGUCCAGCCUGUGAGGUAUCAACCAACCACAGUGACGAUGGACACAAGGGCCAGUCAAAACAAGCUGGAAGGCUCAAGUCAUCUUUGAGCGGGUUCUGGGCUAAGAAACAUGGUCAUGAAGGUCAUCAAUCUGAGGAUUAUGAAGACAAGACAAAGUAUCAAGAUGGCCCCGUAGAUGUAGAUGAGUGCAACAACCUCCAAAUGAAAGCUGCAAAACUGAAGGCACGUCCGAGUGGCAUCUGGGUGAGACAUCUGCCUCCCUCUCGACAAGAUCCCAAAUCAAAGGUUGCAGAACCUAAGAAUCGAUACGGAGAUGGCAUUACAAGAAUGAGCGACAUCGAAACUGCCAAGGGCAUUCCACAUGGGAAGCCACUCCCCCCUAAACACCCAAAUCCUCAACAGAGCACGGAUGUUGAGACUCUGAGAGGUAUCCUAAACAGAGGCAUCUCAGAGGACCUAGAUAUGAAAGCUCCCUCCCGACCAAAGCCCCUUCCUCCUAUCCCUCCAUCAAAACCUCAACAGCAGCCUGAAGUGCUGCCAGGCACUAACAUGAUGGUACCUCACGUCAGUUGCCAAGGUGUUGCUGCUUCUAGAGAGAACAAUCGAUGCAGAAGCGAGGGUCCAUUUUGUGGAAAGCCUCUUCCUCCCACCCCUCCAUCGAAACCUCAACAUCAGGCUGAGGAUCUGCAAGGUUCUAAAAUGGUGGUACCUCAAAACAAAUGUUCAGGCAUGGUUGCUUCGUGCGAAGACGUCUCAGGUCCAUCUGGCGAGGGUCCAUCAUGUGGGAAGCCUCAACCUCCUGUCCCUCGACCUAAACCUCAACAUCAAGUCAGUUCUCCCGACUUGUCUGCAUCUCAAAAAGAUGAUCAAGACAUCUUCGGAAUUGAGGUUCUAUCUCCUGGAAAGCCUCUUCCUCCACCAAAACCUCAAAACCAGAUCAAAGACUUGUCAGGUCCGGGUGACAAUGUGGAGGUAUCACAAGUCAGUUCUCUGGUCAUGGCAACAUCCCAAGGAGAUACCCAAGACAUCUUGGAAAGCGAAGGUCCAUCAUGUGGAAAGCCUGUACCUCCUCGUCCAAAGCUCAAGAAGACUGGGCAUCCAGUUGGACUGGAAAACCUCUGCAACACUCCUCCUGGCCUCGCAUCCCAAGACAUUCAGGAUCAAGAUCUGUCAGAAGAUCAUCCUCCUAGGAAACCCACUCUUCCUCCAAAACCAACCUUGGGAUAGCUUCUAGGAAUGAAUAAGUAUCAGUGUCUGGGUAGUUGAGCCCUGAAAAUCAUGUUAGACAGUUAGUAUGUAUUAACCCACUUUAGUCAUCCAAGUUUUAUUUAGUCUAAAAGACUUGACAUUUUAAAUAAUAGUUUAAUUGGUGUGCAUUUCAUGUCAUUUAGAAAUGUUAAAAUAGUCCAACAAAAUAUGGCAGUAUAAAUAAGAAAUCUCUAGAGCAUGUAUCAUUUUCUUAUGCAGAGUAGAAAUCAAUGAAACUUUAGAGGGAAAAGAUAAUUAUUAUAAUACCACAUGUAUUUGAAUGAUUUGUUUGCUUGUUAUAAUGAAGCUUUACUUAGAGAUAUGCGACUGUAUAAACUGUACUGCAGCGUAAAAACAAAAAAAUGUAACAUAUUUUGGGCUCAAGAGUUAACAUACUAUAAAGAAAGAUUUGACAUACAUGUACAUAGUAAAACAAAUAUUAAAAAGUAAUACAAUAUAUAACAUAUACUAUUCCAUCAUUAUUCCAUCAUAUCCGUAUUUUGUAACUUCUGAUUUCAACAAAAUUAUCUCCAAGAAAAUUAAAAAUACUACUACUAAAUCAUUCUAAAUUUUAGUGUACGAUUCAAGUAUGAUUACAUCAAUAGAAAUAUUAAAUCCUUUGAUUUUAAGUAAACCAUUUUGGUUUUUUUUUGGUGUUGGUAACAAUAUACAUAUAAUUUAGGAUAUAAUUUCUCUUUAAGGCCCAAAAAAAAAAGUCGAUCUCUGGUCAGCGCGCGCGUUGA